AUGAUUACAGCAAUACGCUGUGUUGUAAAAAGCGUUUGCUUGAAAAAGAAAAAAAUUGGGAGAAGCUGUUGUAGAAUUGGUGGAUACAAGUGUGGGACAGAUGGAUGGAGUGUUCUUAUAAGGAUGUUUGCUGCCAGUGCUAGCAGCGGUCAACAGCUAGUGUUGCAAGACUCAAGAGCUCGUGCUACAAUUAGUCGUAAUUUGAUCUUUAUAGUACCGAUUAUAAAGAUAUUUUCUUCGCCAAUAUAUAUCGAAGAAAAAUCAAGACAAAAUCUUGACCGUCGUGAUUUAAUGAAACGCAGCAAAAAUACUAGGCGACACGAGUAG